AGAUGGACGAGUUGAUGUUAAACCGAGUCCUGACUCGGACGAAGUUCGAGUUGUUAUCAUGCCCCGCCUUCGGACACUCGACGACACCUCUCUCCGCCGCUACCCAACGCCGCCAAUCCCGUCGGAGGGCCACCGCAGCCAUCAGUAGAGCUCGGCCUCAUCUUCUUCUCGCUUGGUCGGGUGAUCUGUUUUAGGAAAAGGAGGAAACAUUGUACACUUCUUACAGUGAUGGAUCGGCAAGCUCAGGAGUACUUAACAGCCAUGGCCUUUGCUCAGCAACAACAGCAGCAGGCAAGCAUGCAACCACAACAACAGUUUGGAUUUCAUCCACAACCUCAGCAAUUUCCUCAUCAAGUACAUGGUUCACCAUUCCUGCCUCCUCAUCCCUCUCAACCAUUUCCUGCCUAUCAUCACCACUUUCCCCCACAGCAGCAGAUUUUUCCUCAUCAUCUUCCUCUUAAUCUUCAACAACAACAGCAGGCCUUAGCUGCCUUAGAACCUCAUAAUUUACCCCUUCAUAUCAUGGCACAAGCGGCUUACACACAUCCAUAUGAGUCAGCUCCACCAGUUGCUCCACCUUCAGAUCCUGAGCUUCAACAGCGGAUUGAUAUGUUGGUGGAAUAUGUUGCCAAGAAUGGCUCUGAAUUUGAAUCUAUGGUCUGUGAGAAACAGCGUGACAAUCCUGAUUACAGUUUCCUUUUUGGCGGCGAAGGACAUAAUUACUAUAGAUAUAAGUGCUGGCUAUACACACGACCACCUGGUGCACCCUCCCACCAUUCUUUCCACUCCUCUUCAAUGCCUAUGAUUCCUUCAUCUCAUAAUCCAAUGUUAAAUCCAUCUGCCGUAAAUCCUACUCUCAUAAGCACUCCAGCUGGUCCAACGGGUUCUGUGUUCGGAGCACCACAGUUGCAUCAACCUUCUUAUCCACCCUUUUAUGAUCAGCAUCAGAAGUUGCACUCCCAACCUUUCAUGGGACAACCUCGACCUGAUUAUGAACUGUCAACAAAGUCAUUCAAGGGGCUAUCAGGUCCACUUCCAUCUGAUGUUGCUGCAGAGCUUAGUAGUGUGCUUAUCAAUCUUACUGGCACCAAAGAAUCAAUAAAGGGGGCCAAAGUGUGGUUUAUGCAAAGGUCACCUUUUGCACCAGCUCUAGCUGAGUCACUUAGAGACAGAAUUUUUGCUUUAGAUGAUUCUGAGAGGCAGAUGCAUAUCAUUUUUCUGGUCAAUGACAUUCUCUUUGACAGCUUGCAACACCGAAUCAGUCCUCAAGAACUGGAUAAUGAAGCACUUGCAUUUAGACCUGUGUUGGGAUCCAUGCUUGCAAAAAUUUACAAUAAUCCUCAUAACAAAGAUGCUAACCAGUCUCGUUUGGAGAAGAUAUUACAGUUUUGGGCAUCGAAGGAAGUGUAUAACCAGGAUACUGUUACUAGCCUUGAGAGAGAAAUGACUGGUGGAUUACCAUGUCGGUCAGCAGCACAAGUGGAAGCAGUAGGUGGAUUAAACUCCUCAAAUCUCACAGGCUUAACACCACAACAAUGGUCAGACAAUAAAAAUUCUGAUCUGAGUUUCCAAAGUCAAGAAGUCACCAACAAACAUUUGCUUCCAACUUCAGCUCUGCAGUUCACACCUACUGUAACACAGCAGACUCCAUCCUCGCUCACUCUUCCAGUCCAACCAACUGUGCCGACAGCUCUCCCUCAGCUGCAACCCAAUUCCGCAGCCAGCAUAAUGGAUCAAGGUCCUUCACCUUAUCCUUUGUUCCCUCCUGGCCUCAUCCCUGACAUGGUGAGGAAGACGCAGAUCGGUAGUGGUGUUCCCUACUCUCCUUUAAGUACUCUUGAUAUCCCCACUGUGAUUGCCCCAUCCACCAUGUCCCCUUCAAAGGUUCUCGAUCAAGUGUCCAAGUUCUUCAAAGAGAUUGGAGAGAUCAACCCAUCAGAAGGGCCAAUUAGACAGUCUGCAUCAGAUGAUGAAUACGAUGAAUGUGGGAUGGAUCCUCCCGCUCGAAAGGGAGGGGCAUGCAUUCCUCCACCGAACUUGAAGAUGGAUGCAGAAACUGGAGCGUAUGCUGAUGGUAGCGUUGAUCGAAAAGCAGGAUCGGGUGGCUCAGGAAGGUUGGGACUCGGAGCCACUGCAGACCCCAAUGAGGUGAGCCAGUACGAUGAUGUCUAUUCUUCCUAUCGCAAACAGAGAAGCACCAACUAUCAUUCUUCAAUGAGUGCCAGAGCUGCAUCGAGGUGAUGGAGAAACCCUUGCAUCCUUUGUCAGAAAUCAUGUUCGAUCCUGGAAUGCACCUUACUGUGAUAGAUCACACCAAAAUCUUGCGCUACUUCCGUGGCUAAAUAUUCGGCGCAAGUUUGCUUCUGUUAUUUAUAUCGAACUUUCGCCUAUCAAAAGAUUGUUCUGUCAAAGGUUCUUCAUGUAAAUGGCUCUUGCUUGCCCGCACCGAGUUAACAAUUUCUUUUGUUUCACAACUUCGUCAAAAUUGUAACUGGUCUUGCUGAAAGCCAUGAUUUGGACUUGGAUUGAACCUGUUA